AUGGGCGCAUGUGGCGGCAAACCUGCUGCCAAGCAGCAGGAAAGUCGAGAACUCCGUUUCCACGACGGAGUUCACUACAGCCCACUGGAAUCCAACGUCCAUAGAGGAUUUCUCAACAGCCACCUUGGAUCGAAUGACUUCGAUGCUCCACUCGAUUUCGAGACUCAGUUGUCGGUCGACGAGGACACACUGGACAUAGUCCAGUUUUCGGCCCCGAUCUUUGUUGCCGAGGAAGGCGAAGGCUUCAGCGUUAAGCUGAUGCGACUGGGGUCGCUGGCUGGAACCGUCAGCUGCUAUUUCCGGACGGAAGCAGGCUCUGGCAAACCUGGAGUUCGCUAUGUUCACGCAGAGGGGGAGGUCGUGUUCGGCGACGGGCAGUUCGAGGAAAGCAUUGACAUCCAGAUCAUAGAUUCUCCGGAGUGGUCAGCAACCCUUGAGUUCAAGGUCGUUCUGAGCAAUGCCAGGGGGUGUUCCUUGGGGAAAUACCUGAAGGUGUGUCGCGUCAAGGUCUUGGACUCAGACCCCUUUCCGAACAGCGACUACGCUGAGCCUGUCAAGGCGGGUCAAGAUGCCAUCAAGGAAAUUAACCCACUACCACUCUUUGUGGACUUUUGCAGGCUGAUGCUUCAGAUACCUGGAAACUCGAGGCGAUUUGCUGUGAUCUUGCUCUGUGACCAACUUAAGAAUGCCUAUCUUUGGUUUCAGCUCAGAGCUUCCGUGUACACGGUGAACGUGAUCUUUGGUGGAGAAGACGCCGUGGACCAACUCAUCAUCCCCGGAGACGCUGUGACCACUGCCAAGCUUCUCGGCUUGAUGUACAUCGGCCUUCCCCUGCUCUUGCACCUUUACAAAGAAGCCAAGACGCGAAUGGACAUUGCAGGCCACUGUAAUUUCUACUUGCAAACGAGCUUGAUGCGGAAAUACAUGAACUUCAACGAGGACUCGAGAGCAGCAGUCUCGCUUGACGCAGUUCAGAAGGUUGUGACCGAGCAAGCGCUGGAUGUCUCAAACAGCCUGGACAACGUGUCGUCCAUGCUAGAGACACUCGGUCGCCUGAUCAUGCUGAACUCUUUCGCAAUUUCUAGUGAUCCGGGCAUGCUGUGGGCUGUUCUCACAAUGCCUGUGGUCAUGCUUUUCUGGGUCCUCCUCCGCCAUAGGUGGUUGACAAAGCCUGAGAAGGACCGUCCCCACAAGAAGCGAGUCAGUCAGCUGGUGUGUUCCAUCAGCGAGUACUACUCGCUCAUUGCUGCCUACUUCCAACGGCCUGCCAUGAACGAGAAGUUCGCUGCGAGCGUGGCUAAGCUUGGGGAGGUACAAGAGCCUCUGGGAAUCUACCACAUGCGCACCGAGUUUUUUUUCGCUUGGCUAGGGCCAUUCUUCUCCGGCUUCUACUUGUGCUUCUAUGCGCAGCAAGUGAUGGAUGGUCAGUUAUCGUUGGGAACGUUUCUAGCAACCAUCUCUGUCUUCAAAGAGGUCUCCUCGAAUUUUGCGGAUGGAUAUUCGGUAAUGAUGAGUGUUAUCUCCAAGUUUGAGCCUUUAAAUGAUAUUGCUGUUUUCUUGAAUCGGCCAACCGAUGUCCGAGACUUGAAAGAGCUGGUGAAUAGACGGCUCAAGGAGACCAGUGAACAGCGGAGUCGCUUGAUGCAGCUGUCGGUGCCAAUCCCUCCCGGGAUGGUGCGGACUGACCUACUUCCAAUUCGCUUGGAAAACGUAUCUUUCAAGCUUGGGAUGGACAAAGAGCUAUUCAAAAAUGUAGACAUAUUUGUCGAGCAGGGCAAGCUGAUCGCUGUGGAAGGCACUCAUGGAUCUGGCAAGACGAAGCUGAUCAGAAUCUUGGCUGGUGGGAUUUCUCCGACGAGUGGCGUCGUGACCAUGCCCUCGCAUUUAAGGUGCGUGUUGGUUACGCAUAACGUCGUGUUGAUGAAUACUUCUCCGCUUCAGAACCUCUUCUUUGGGGAUCCUCUCGCCUUAGCACAGACAGAAGAUCGACGGCGUGUGAUGUCGAUUCUAGAGAAGCUGGGGAUGAAUAGAACCCGAGAGCUUGCUGAGAAAGAGAUCGAAAUCUUACAGGAGCCUUUUUCGGAUGAGGAGGAGGUCGUCACAAACGCUGGCUAUUGCGGCGACGCUGGAAAGGAAAAAGCCAAACCUACCCAUUCGCCAUGGCUUCCGCCAGACGAUAGUAAGCGAGCGGAGCGGGUGGGGUCCGCCCUGCGUGGUUGGACGGGCACCCUGUCCUUCCAGGAAAAAGCGAAACUGCACAUUGCACGCGCCCUGGUUGUGAAUCCCGAAAUACUGAUUCUUGAGAAGCCACUGAUGAACUUUGAUGACAAAGAAUACCGACUGGUUCAAAGGAGUCUCAGAGAGUACGUCUACAAUCGAGGAGUCGCUCUCCCUGUCGAGUCUCGAGAAAGCCGACGGCCCAGGACUUGCUUUUACAGUGCCGAGCGGGAGGAUACCAGUCAGACUGACGUCGUUUGGAAAUGUGACGGCGGCAGUGUGGUUGCAGAGAAACCCCCGUUGCAAGUUCAAGAACCCCGAGCCAGCGGAAAGGCGCAGGAGGCGUCCUUGCGCCUGGACGUGGCGUGCUUCAGCGCCCUGGGCUCCACCCUCCGAGUGCAGUGGCCACGAGCGCUGCACCAGUUGGAGGUUUGCAAAUUGCUAGGCCUUCGUCCAGAUCAGGUGUCUCUGAACGCUGCUGUUUCGGUGGCCAACGACUGGCACCGUGCCCUGGACGUGCUCCGAAGUUUUGAGAUCCUCCAGUUGCAGAAGGACAUUGUUGGCUUUGGCGCAGCUGUCACCGGCUCCGCAAAGACACGGGCUUGGUCAGCUGGGUUGAAUCUUUGGCAGGCGCUGGAGGGCUUGGGCCUGGAGACAAGCCAGACAGCAGGCAACGCCCGCGUUGCUGCGGCCACAGCCGGAGACUGGUCGCUGGCAGGGGAGGCGCUGCGGUCGAACAGAGUCCGCCAGCUGGAACUGGAUAUCGUCGCCUUCGGCACGGUCCUCGGUGGACUUCGCUGGCGUGCUGCGAUUGCACUUGGCGACAAGGCGAGGCAAGCGGUGGGCGAGAAUGUUGUGCUUCUUGGUGCCCUGCUCGAUGGCUUUGCGGGAGAAGGGCUCUGGGAAGCGGCACUGACCAGGUUUGUGGCCGCUAGGCGGACAUCCAUCCGCUGCAGCACCACAGCACUCAAUGCUGCGCUGAGUGCCGCUGAGAAGGGGGGGCGCUGGAAGCUUGCCAGCUGGCUGUUGGAUGCAGUCGCGGCUGCAGCCUUGGCUUCGGAUGUGAUCUCAGUGAACUCGGUGGUCAGCGCCUGCCGCACAACGCGACGGUGGCCGCAAGCAUUCAGUCUCCUUCUCCAGGCGUCCGACCACGGCAUUGAACCGACUGCUGUGAGCCGCAAUGCGCUGCUGAGCGCUUAUGAGAGCGCCGGAGAGUGGCAGCGUGGUCUUUGCCUCGCAUCCGACUCUCAAGAGGAUACUACAGCCGCCAAUGCGCUGCUCUCAGCCUGCGAGAAGACCUCGCGCUGGAGCACGGCGCUUUUGUUGGCUCCCGAAGCCCCGGACGACGCAGGCUAUGGAACUUUGGUCACCACCAUGGCACUCGCCGAGAAGUGGCGGUGGGGCUUGUCCCUUUUGGGAAGCAUGGGUUCACGAGAUCUUCGACCGUUUAGCUACUCGUACCAGAGCAUACUUGCCUCGGCCGGUGAAGGCAGCUGGGUGCCGGCAGUCUUGUCGGAGCUGUUUCUUGCCACCAGAGCGGCCUUCAAGCGCGUUGGACUGUCGAGCAUCGAGAAAGUUCAGGUCUAUGGUCUAGUCUUGUCAUCACUGGCCAGGAAGGGCGGCAUACUCAUCACUGAGGAUGAGUUGAAGGCCGAUCACAAGUAUGUCAGAGUCGAAACUAGCCGUGUGCUGGAGGGGAAUGGCAAGGGCAAGCUCACCAUGUCAGAAAUCAAGCGUCGUCUGCAGACGUUCUACAAGGAUAUCACAACCAGGGAGGUGAAGUUUCUGCUGAACAACCAGCCGGAGAUCACCUUCGACGAGCUGUAUGCACUCCUCAAGGACAACCAGCUGACGAACUUCGACCCAGUCAAGGAGGCGUUCAAGGUCUACGCAGAUCCGGCCAAUUCCAACUUCGUGGACAUGGAUAUUGUCAAGGGCUUCUUCAAGGAGCUGGGAUAUGGCGAGAUCUCAGAUGAGGAUGCGAAGAUCAUCUUAGAAACCGCGGAUGCAGACAAGGACCAGAGGAUUGGUAUCGACGAUUUUCGGAUGAUGGUACCAUUCGGCCAGCCGGCCCACGACGCGGCUGCUUCGUCUACGGACUGA